AUGAGUAGGACUGACGCAUUCGCGCCACGACCCACCUUUGACUCGGACUUCCUGCUCAUGCCCGAAUACUCAGGGGAAGCCGCCUGGAACCUCAUCAAGAAGCACGACAGCGUUACUGCUAACUCCGCUGGCUUUACUAAAGACGAUAUACCGCUGCUUGUCACGAUGAUAUUCACAGAAAAGUACUUCGUUGACAAUGGCGACGUCAUGGGGUUCGGCUGGAAGCACGACAAGGACGGCAACGUCGUGGACAGGUGUUGGUACUGGAAACUUGACCAUGACGAGGGGCCAGAAUUCAAGAAGGAGGAUGGGAUCUGGCACGUCAUAGCCAAAGACGAUGAGAAUGAGAUGGAGACAGACGGUGCGUUGAAACCUAUGAGGGAGGUAUGGAAAGUUUGGCGUGAGGCGCUUGACCUGUAUUACAUUAUGUCCGCCAGGGAACGAUCCGAUUCCAGGCAUCUCAUAAGUCCAAGACACAAUUUCAAGAAUAUCAUAAGAGUCAAGGAGAUCCCAACAAGCGCCGGCUGGUCGAUUUGCAAUCGCAGAGACUCCAGAAAUGUCCUCCAUUUAUCCACUUUCGAGAAGGCAGACAUGCCGGAGAAACUCAUCGCAGUUUUCGCACUUAACUUUUUCGAGGAUGGAAGUCACGCAAUUGGACUCUGCUGGAGCGAUGAUGUGGACGAUCCCUUUGGAGAAAUGAGAUGGGGUCGCAGAGUGCGGGCAGAGGAGAAAUAUAAGUUUAAGCGUUGGGAAUGGGAUGAAGAAGGGAAGGCUAAAGGCGAGACAGAGGCUGCGAAGGAGGAGUGGAAGGAGUGGAAUGGCAUGAUUUUGAAAUGGUUCGAGGAGCACCCGGUCUACGACUGA